AAAGGUGUCUGUGUUCGUAGAGGGAACAUGAACGAGAGCGCCAUUUGUACUUUUAGUACUACAUUACCUUUGAACAUAAAUGUUAGUGGUGUUCAAUCUACAUCAGUCGCGAAAAUGGCUGACAGAAGGAAAAGGCAUAGAAAUGCAAAGGGAGAUAAGCCAGAUCGUGGUGAAGAAGAAGUUCAAGAUGUAGAUGAAAGCUCUCCUGUUAUCCAGAUGUUUAGAGGAUUUCAACAGGAGCUUGAUCAGCGUCAUGAUAAACAUGAGAGAAUAGUAAAACUGAGUAGAGAUAUCACCAUUGAAAGCAAGAGAGCUAUAUUCUUGUUGCAUAGAGUUAACAAUCCUACAGAAAAUGCUGAUAUUUUACAACAGACUGAGGAAAAACUGGCAGCGUUGGAGAAUACAAAAUUCAGGGAGGUAGCUAAAGAGCUGGUGAAUACUGAUCCUUUCCAAUUCUUGAGGGCUUAUACAGCAGGGUUACAGGAAUACAUUGAAGCUUUGACAUUCUAUGUGUUUUUGAAGGACAAUAAAUUGAUGCCCCUUAGUGAUGUACAAGCUAGGCUUACAUUCACAGCAAACGAAGCAAGUAAAGUGAACGAAGAUAACAAAAGUUCCAAUGAAAACAAAGGUGUCCCAAUGGAACUAUCGGAAUCUGAGAAUUCAGGACAAAUAGUCAAACCUGAGAGUAAAUUAAUGGUUUAUGUUCCUGCGAGUGAAUAUAUUCUCGGUCUAGCAGAUCUAACCGGUGAAAUGAUGCGUCGAGCCAUCAACUCUGUCGGGUGUGGCGAUAUGGAUCGCCCUUUUGAAAUUUGUAGUUUCCUUCAGAGUAUCGAAGCAGCAUAUGCAUCAUUGGGCAACGCAAACCGAGAAGUGAACAGGAAACUGCACACAUUACGUCAGAGCUUGCGUAAAGUGGAGAUGGCAUGUUAUACGUUACGGGUGCGAGGAUCCGAAGUUCCAAAACACAUGUUGAUUGAUAUGAUAUCUAAACCAAGCAUGGCGCAAUUACAUGUCGAUGAUACAGAAGUAUUAGAUGACGAUUAAAUAAAUGUUCAAAUUUAGAUGUCUUCAACUUGUGUAAUUUUCUGAUGCAUGGUUCCGAGUCAUUUUAAAAAUAUAUCACUCUGUAACUUCUUUAAUUUACUAGGAGACUCUGUGUGUGUUAUUCUUAAUUCUUUUGGCAGAUAUCUAGUGAUCAUGAAGAAUCCAGGACGAAAAGUUUAAAGAAUUUUCAUGGUUUAUCAAGCGAUUCAUAAACAGCAAUUAACCGUUAUUUGUUGGAAACUAAAUGUCACUCAUACUGAUAUUAAUUAUUUUGCUGUUUGAAAACGUUUAAAGAAUUUUCAUGGUUUAUCAAGCGAUUCAUAAACAGCAAUUAACCGUUAUUUGUUGGAAACUAAAUGUCACUCAUACUGAUAUUAAUUAUUUUGCUGUUUGACAUCAAUUACAUAAAAUGCCCAUAAACAGCCUGUAACUGGUAGCAUCCAAAUCACAUUAUCACACUAAGAAAAGCGUAUCUCUUAAGUGGGAAUUUAGAGGAAAUUUCCAGUUGUAACAGGUCUGCAAAGUUUUCAACAACCAAUAGAAUGACUAGGUUACUUUUUUUAGUAUAAAUUAAGUCCUCCAUUUGUUGUUGUUGUUUUUUUUUUCUUAUUAAGAGAAUUUUGAAAACUACAGGUGUAUUUCAGAACCAUGUGUAAGCUACUGAGAUUUAUUUCAAGAUAACUGUGCCAGUAUUGGUUUAGCUUUUAGGGAGAACACAUUAAUCUUCUCUAUGAAAAUUUUGUAUCAAAUCUAGGUAAAUGUAUAAAAUAUACAACAUUCUUUCCCAUUUUCAAGUGUCUUUUAAUAUUUUAUUGAGAAAUAAUUGAUUUGGUGUUAUAAGAUUUAAACAAUUUAUAAAUUGCUUUGAUUUUUAUUCCUAGAAAAGCAUAUGUAGUGUAAUCCUAGUAAGGGCCAGUAACUCAUAUUAAUGAAUACAAGUAAGCAUCAGAGUUGUCUCCCAUUUCAUAACUAAUAAGCAGAUUAAGUAGUUCUCUGUUACCAUAGCAAAACAAGAGAAGACAUAUCUUGUUCGGUUGUUCAUAUGCAGGCCUCUUGACCUUUACCAGGCUGAAUGGUCUUUCUAUCUGUAUGUAACCAUUCAUCAUUAUAAGGGAAAAUUUCAAAAUAUGUGCUUACUGGAUAGGGCACAGUGUAGACCAUAUUCAGACAGUAACGAGGUGCCAGCUAGUUUUGGACUGCACUGGUCACAUGGGUAGAACCUGUAGCCACCAACAAGCAUAUUAUUCAAGUAGUGAGAGUUGCAGAUGUCAAACUAUAUCCACUUUUAUAUUCUCAUUAGGUAAUGGUUAAGGUCGUAUACUUCAAACCACUUGUCUGUGACCUGUAGGUUUGAGCCAUGUCAGCAUCUCUAAAUUUUCCUGUGAGAAAGCUUUCCAGCUCGCUGUCAAAACCUUGGUGGUUCUACUUUGGUGCCCCUUUAUGCCUGAAAUAAUCUUAAGGGGCACCCGAGGUCUUCCUCCACCAAUAAAUCUGGAAAGUUGCCAUAUAACCUAUAUAUUAUGUUGGUGCGACGUGAAAUCCAAUGAAAUAUAUAUAUAUAUAAAAUAAGUAAAAUGAAAGACAAAUAAGACUAAAGGUUUUUUAAUUUACUUGUUUCAUAUUAUUAAUUACACUGUACAGAAUUAUGUACACAUCACUGUAUUGCACAGCUAUCUUGUAGCACAAUAGUAUAAACAUUCUACCUCUAAAUUCUUUAAUUCUACACAAUUUGAAGAGAUAAAAAUAAGAGGAAUAUAUGAUUUUGGUUGAUACUUUACCAGUAUAUAAUUGUAAUAUUUUAUUUGAUAUCUCUCGAGAAAUAAAGACGUUGGUACAUUAUAUAUAUCGGACAAGAGUGCAGGUUUUUUUAAAAUCAAGCUCUUUAUUUUGGUUCAGACACAGUUAUAAAAACAGAAUAUCUGUAAACUGCUUUCUUGGAGUUACAAUUAUCUUGUAUUCAAAAUAAAUAAAGAUAAUUAAAACAAUUAUGUUUUUAGAAAACUCAAAUACUAAAAAAGAGAAAGAAAAACAUUAAAACAACUUGCAUAAUAAACAAAAAGUUCAACACAGUGUUGAAAUAAAAUCUAAUUUUAAAAAGUAUAGUCAAUUAAGUUCAUAUAAAUAUGUGUUUUAAUUGAAAUAAAUUGUAUUCAAAAGAGAAAAUGGCAGAAAAAGGGGAGAUAAUAAAAAUCCUACAGUGUCAAAAAUUAAUCUUAAUAUACUAGGAUCAUCAUAAGUUAACAAAGGAAUGGUAAAGUAUAUUUAUAACUUUGAAAAAAACAACAA